AGAAAAGAUCAUAACACCACACAUAUUACCACAGACAGAUACACAGACAGACAGACCGGAGGUGUCUGAGAGCAGAUAACUGAAACUGGUGUGUAGUUGAUACAGCCUUGUGUUUGGUGUGCAGUUUGGCCUAGCGUGUCGGUCAGUUAGGGGCAGGAUGGGGUGUCUCCAGCCGUACAUUACCAGUAUCCUGUUCUUCCUGAGUGGACUCAUCCAAUGGGGCGGGGCCAGGGUGCUUGUGGAGGUGCAGUCUGGCCCUCUGCAUCGUGUGAUUGGCUACCCUAUCUCCAUCUCCUGCAACGUGAGUGGCUUCUCAAACCCGUCGGCCCAGCAGGACUUCAGAUUCUCAGUCUACAAGCCAAAAAAGCCCACCCAGGAGUUCCAGAUCAUCAGCACAGAUGACCAAAACUAUGCCAUGGCGGUGUACGGCGUCCGCGUCAGGGGAGGUGUCAUCACUCUGGAGCGCCUGUCAGUGACCUCGGUCCUUUUCCACGUGAAGAGUCUGGAGGAUGGGGACGAGGGAGAGUAUGAGUGCCACACCCCAAACUCAGAAGCUGUAUAUGACGGGACAUACAACGCAAAGACCACAUUGAAGGUGAUUGGGGACACCCUGACCGCCUCCUCCACUGGCCCCGCCUCCUUUAGCCUAUCAGAGGGUGACGACCUAACCCUGCAAUGUAUCGCCUCCAGCAACACCUUCCAGCACACCCACCUGUCCAUCACCUGGUAUCACCAUGGAGACAGGGAAGCUUCACCCCACCCCAUCAUCUCCCUGGACCGUGAUUUGAAGGUGAGUCCGGGUCAGCGGUUUGAGGGUCGAUACCAGGCAGGGUUCAUUGUUUUGGACAAGCUGGAGGAGGCCACCUACAGGCUGAAGAUGGCAAGGAUUGAGCUAUCCGAUGCAGGGAGGAUCUCCUGCCAGGCCCAGGAGUGGAUCCAAGACCCAGACCGGAGCUGGUACCCAAUCGCCCAAAAAGACACACAGCCAACCACUUUGGAGGUCAAAGCCAUAGUGGUGGCUCCAGACCAGGGCUCUAGUUCUAUGGUGGUGAGUAUGACCGUGCACAAAACACACCUUCAAGAGGGGGAGGAGCUAUCCUUGCAGUGCAUUGUGAACACACAGGGCCCGGUGGGUCAGUUCUUCUCAGUGGCCUGGGUCAAGGACAACCAGGAGCUGGCCAAUAUUGGGCCCACGGGGGUCCUGUCUGUGGGGCCGGAGUAUGGGGGGCGAGAGAGAGGGGGUGAGCUGAGAGCUGUGCGAACGAGGGAGAAGACACACCUGCUCACCCUGCGACCUGUCAGAACCCAGGACCAGGGAGUGUACCACUGCAGGGCCUGGCCAGAGGAGAGGGUUGGGAACGGGGUCUUCACACAGGGAUCCACCCAGGACUCCACCACAGAGACUAUCACCAUCAAAGCUACAGAAAGUGGUUUGGCUGUUGCCAUGGAUACCCAACAGGUGAGUGUUGACGAAGGGGAUGCGCUACAACUCACCUGUAGAGUGAGCGGGGUCAAGGGUCAGCUCUCUAUCACCUGGCAACACAGAUCAGCCUCAAUGGCAACAGGCCCCUUCAGUGAUGUCAUCAGCCUGAGCCGUGUGGGUGUGAUGGAACUGGGGGCAGAGUUUGGGAAGCGUAAUGUUCGUACAAUGCGUCCCAUGGCAGACAUAUUCAUCCUGGAGCUGGGUGAGGUCACGCCCUCUGAUGCAGGAGCCUAUCAGUGCACCGUCUCUGAGUGGACCACGGAAGCCAACGGCAACGGCAAGAAAACUCACAGCCAAUCACAGGAUUGCAGCGUAGAGGUUCAUCAUGUGGAGUCUCUGCUAAGUGUGUACCUGAGUAGUCGUGGUGUCCAGGUGACAGUGGGGGGAGAGGUGGAGCUGGUGUGUCGGGUUCAAGGGCCCUCCCUCCCGGUUACUGUAACGUGGAGCCUGCAGCGUGAGGGGCAGUCUGCCCCAGACAACAUCCUGACCCUGUCGUACACUGGUGACAUCACGUGGAGUGGCGACCAGAGCAACUACCAGUUGAGGGCGACCACCGGGAAGAAGGAAGUGCGUUACUACCUCCGCAUCAUCAAAGCGAGCCACAAGGAGGCUGGGCGCUACCAGUGUGUGAUCUCAGUGUUCCUGCAAGGGAGACACAGGAAGCCACAGAACUCCAACGCUCUGGGUGUGCUGGUCCAGACUCCAAAGGGUGUACUCACCUUGUCCUCUAGCUCCUCCCCUCUGGAUAAGAGUGUCAAGACAGACAUACAGAUGGAAUGCUCCGUAGCCAAAGCAACCUCUAACUCAUCCCGCUUCGCUGUCAGCUGGUUGGCCCAGAAGAACGGGGAGGGGAACAAGACGGUCCUCAGCUCAGACCGUGAUGCUGUGAUAACGCUAGGGCUGGGAUUAGGCACAGAACAGCGAAUCAGCAUGAGAAGACGUGAGGGGCGGAGCUUUGAGCUGACCAUUCGACAGGCCCGUAGCUGGGACAAUGGGAUGUACUACUGCGUGGUGGAGGAGUGGCUACAGGAUCCUCACGGCCAAUGGUACAAGCUCCCGCCCUCUUCUGCAGCCAUGGAACUCCGCCUAAAAGAGACAGUGAGUGACCUCAGUGUGGAUAAGACAAAACAGGAGACAGAGGUCAGAGAGGGGGAGGGAGUGGAGCUAACUUGCACUUUGACCUCUGGUACUUCUGACCCCGCCUCACUCUACGCCCUCACCUGGUUCUACUUGAAGCGUGGCUCCUCCUCUUCUUCCAGAGUUCCUCUUGUAAUUCUGGGCCGUGACGGCUUACUGAAGUACCCAGGUUACAAGUGGCUCCAAGACCAGAAGGGGAGGCUGAUCUUCUCCAGGCCCACUCAUGGUACCUUUCUGCUGGGUCUGCAGAGAGCUCUUCAGGGUGACAGUGGAGUCUACCAGUGCCAAGUGGACCAGUACAAGCUCAAUCAUGAGGGCAUCUGGGAACAGACUGCUUCAGACCAAUCAGGCACAGCUGACCUCACAGUAAAACCAAUAGAGAGUGUACUCACCUUGUCCUCUAGUCCCUCCCCUCUGGAUCAGAAUGUCAACACAGACAUACAGAUGGAAUGCUCCGUUGUCAAGCCAACCGCUAACUCCUCCCUCUUCGCUGUCAUCUGGUUGGCUCAGAAGAAGGGGGAGGCGAACCAGACCAUCCUUCACUCAUACCAUGACGCCGUGGUAACGGUAGGCCAAGGUGCGGGAUUAGGUGGUGAACAGCGAAUCAGCAUGAGGAGACGUGAGGGUCAACGCUUCGAGCUGACCAUUCGACAGGCACGUAGCUGGGAUAGUGGGAUGUACUACUGCGUGGUGGAGGAGUGGCUACAGGAUCCUCUUGGUCGAUGGUACAAGCUCCUGCCCUCUUCUGCAGCCAUGGAACUCCGUGUACUCCAGACAGUGACUGACCUCAGUGUUAACCAGACAGAUCUGGAGAUGGAGGUCAAAGAGGGGGAGGGGGCAGAGUUGACCUGUGCCUUGACCUCAGGUGACCCCGCCUCUCUCUACUCUCUCACCUGGUUCUACAUGAGGUGUGGCUCCUCCUCCUUUCUCAGGGUUCCUCUAGUGAUUCUGGGCCAUGAUGGUGUCCUGAAGUACCCUGAGGACCAGGACAACCAAGGGCUCCAGGACCAGAAGGGGAGGCUGAUCUUCUCCAGGCCCACCCAUGGUACCUUUCUGCUGGGUCUGCAGAGAGCUAUUCAGGGUGACAGUGGAGUCUACCAGUGUCAAGUGGACCAGUACAAGCUCAUUCAUAGCAACUGGGAAUUAAGCGCCACCAACCAAUCAGGAACAACCAACCUCACUGUACGACGACCAAUAGAAGAUGUGUCUGAGUUGCUGUCUGAACGAGGAUUCGUUACUGAAUCAGUUCUAGGCAUCUUCAUCCCUCUUGUCUGUAUCCUGGCGAUUCUUGUCGUGGUGCUGUCAAUCAAGCUGAAGCGGCAGGGCUCAGCUGGAAACAAGAAACAGGCCAAAUCUCUGUGGCUGGAGUUUAACCCACUGAAUCCACGCCCAGAAGACUGAGCACAGGGGAGAGGAGAGAAGUGAAACAGAGAGAGGAUGCGUAGAUGAGAGGAAGAGUACAUCAGUGAGGAGAGAAAAGGAGAGGAUGUGGGAUGGGCAGGGAUGAUAAGAGUGGGAAGGGGGAUACGUGAGAGAACAGGAAAGGAGAUAGGGGGAGAGGGCAGAAUGAGCAUUUUUUAAUGUUAAUGUAGUUGAUUUUUGGAUCCAAGCAUGCUUUUUCCUUGUUUACAAAUAGGAUUUACAGUUGCACACAUUUUCUAGAACUAGAAAUGUACAUUGGCACUGCUUUAUCUUUGAGACAACUUUUUUCAAAUGUAGUUUUACAUCAGUAUUCGCUGAUCACUCAAAACUCAAAGGAUCAUGUCUGAUCAUUGUUUGUAUGAAUGAGUUUUUCACAAAUAUUAUAUUUGUGAAUUGUUGAAAGAUAUUCUGCCAUGUUCUGUACUCAUUUGUAAUGUUUUGCCUCAAGAAUGAAUCAGUUUUUAUUUCUUAACUUGUUUGAGUUGGGACUGCUUAUGAGACUUUUGAAACACUUCUGAAAGAACUCUGAGAAAGACUUUAUGGUAUCACAAACAUUUUAUAUGAAGAGAUGAAUAAAGCGCUGCUCUCAGACAUGUAUCAUUUGUAAAGUUGCUGGUGUAUUAUCUGGUUUGUAAUAAAUAGAGUAUUAUGACAUGA